UUCAUUCUCUCCGACAUCACAAAUGAAGAAGUGAAACAGUGUUGUGUUUCUCUCACCUCCCAUGAUCUCCCCGUCAUAUUCUCAUCAGUUGUAUCAGUAGUGAUGGAGAGGAAAGCAUGUGCUCCUGGUUCUCAGUGGGAUUCUCUGCUCAAGCAUUGCAUCUCCCACAAAUCCCUGGGACUGACACCAUCGGCAGUUCCUCCGCCGGUCCUGAAGCCGGUGCUGAGCACCAGAGGUCUGGAUGACUCCUGGUCCUCCAUCAGCCCCGUCGUGUGGAUCUGUGUCGGGCUGGUCGCGAGCGGGUCGGUUCUGGUGCUGCUGCUUUGGUUCAUCAUCUACAGACGCCACAGCAGGACCUCACAGAGCACAGGUGAAAAGGACUCUACACCUCACACCCCGACAACCAUAGAACAGGAAGAGGAAGCCCUGUCACCUUGGCCCCACGUCAAUGGCCAGACACAGGAAAUGCCAAUCAGCGAGGGACCCUGUGGGCGGAGCCUGUGUAAUGGACGGGCAGAGCACGGGCUGCCACUUCCUGCCACAGAAUUGGGAGAUUCCGCCCUCGUCACCGCCAAAACCGGACAACCUGUUUAAGUCUGAAGAGUAAUGUGAACAGCAGAAUUAAUAGAGAGGGUAAAUAAUCCAACAUAGCAGUUGUACUCUUGAUAUGAAUCCAGCUUGUAUUCAUAUUCACUUCAAACUAUAGACCUCAUGAAAUCAAAAGUGCAGUUCUGUGGAUGUCAGUUCAUGAUGCUGUAAGAGAACUUCACAUGGAAGGAGAUGCAGAAACCGAUUCACCAGCAAUGGCAUCUGUCAGUCCUCAACAAAACCUUUUAAAGAUGAUUAUUUUCUUGUGUAUAUUUUGGGAGAUCUCCAGCACACAGAUGAGAGUCAUAUUUGUUCAUUAAUGUUUACUUGGCUUUGUGAUUAAUUGCUUGUUCCGCUAAUUUAUCUGCUAAUUGCAUAAAAACUAGUGCUGUCAAUCGAUUAAAAAAUGUAAUCGCGUUAAUCACAGUCAUGGACUGUGAUUAAUCAUGAUUAAUCACAAAUUUAAAAUACUAGGAUUUACCUGUAAAUGUGUUGAAAUAAAGAUGUAUGACAAACUAG